CCCGUGCGGAGCCCGCUGGGGGCACGGGCACAACGGGAAGCAGCUGGGGCUGGGGCAGGCUGGAGCGGGCACCGGGAUCAGCCACGGGCUGCGGGGCGCCCCGACCCGCCGGGGCUGAGGCCAGGCAGGCGGAGGCGGGGAGCAGCAAAGGGAGGGAAGGGGAAGAGGAGGCGGAGGAAGAGGAGGAGCAGCCGGCGGCCAAUGGGCGCCGCGGCGCCUGCGCAGCGCUGGCCCGGCGGAGGCGCGCGGGCCGUACGGAAAAGCGCCCGGGAGCCCUUGGGGAGGCGGCGCCCCCAGAGAUGGAAACAAUGGACGAUGAUGACUUUAUGGCUUCCUUCACGCCCCCGCUUCUCACUGAAAGCUUGGAGAUGGCAAUGGAGGUGGAGAAUGAGAACUCAAAGCCUUCUUGUUUUUCCUGUGCUUUUGACAACCAAAGUGGGGGAAGAAUCUUCUCUGCAGAAUCUUACUUAGCAAGUGGGUCUCUUAAGAGGGUUUUGCUGAGACUAGAUCCUGCUCCAAAUGAUUACGAAGAAGAUGUAGUGGACAUGUUUGGUUUUCAGUGGGUUACUGAAAUGGCACUAGUUGAAUCCUGUGGAUUUCUCUUUGGAUUACUCAGGCAGCAAAUAUACAGACUGGAAAACCUAGUAGAAAUGAAUUCAUCUGACUUUGGUCAAGCUGCAAACUUGCACUCUGAAGCAGAGGGCAUCAGGCGUCAGUGUAUUGAGUUUUUGCAUUAUGUGAAAGUUUUCAUCUUCAGGUAUCUGGAACCCCCUAAAGUGGAUAGUGAUGGAGUACUCCACCCAUAUGAAGAACUAGAAGCCCAGUUACCAUCACUGUUGGUGGAAGAGCUUCAUGCUUUGACCCUGCACAUUGGGCACCUUUGUGAACUCCCUAGUAGUGUCCUGGCAGCAUUCACUGUUCAACACCAGGCAAAGAUCUUUCCACCAUCAUGGCAUUUAUUACACCUCCACUUAGAUAUCCAUUGGCUAGUGCUGGAAAUUCUUCAUGUACUAGGUGAAAAAAUGAUGAGACAAGUUGUGUAUGCUAACAAUUUCAUAAAUCUAACUGGAGAGAAUUUAACCAGUACCAGUUUAUUUGAAACACACUGUGGAAAUCUUAUAUCUGAUUUAAUAAGCUUGUCCAUCAACAAGUAUAUGAAGGUGAGACCUUCUGAGGCUCUUACUAGUCACCAUUAUCCCUGUAUCUGCAUUAAAGAAUUGUGGGUUCUACUUAUUCAGCUUCUGGACUUCAGAAAUACAGGGUCUCACACAGAGUGUUUCUGGAGCUUGGUGAACAAAAAUCUAAAGAAUAUCUUUGAAAGACCAAGUGGUUCUGAAAGGAAAUCUGUUUUUGAAACAGUUCAGUGUAAAGAUCCAUUGAGCUUUAGCUGGUGGAUUAUUACUCAUCUGGCAUCACUCUACCAGUUUGACCGUAAUGGAGAUCUAGAUGAAAAGAAACGGAAGGAAUCCAAUUGGAAGUUUGUGGAAGAACUCCUUAAAAAAUCCACUGAUGUUCAGACCGGUGUGUUAGAGGAACAGUUACGAAUGUAUCUUCAGUGCUGUUUGACUUUGAGUAGUUUCUGGGACUGGAACCUAUCUGCUGUCACCAUACUCUGGGAUUAUUAUAGCAAGAACCUGAACAGUUGCUUUACUGUUCCGUGGCUCGGUCUGAAGGGUCUGGCAAAUAUCAGUAAAACUUCUUUGUCAAUGCUCGAGUUGGUAAAAAGUUGCUGUUGUGAACAGCAGAUCCCCACCCUGUACGAGUCCAGCAACAGUUACCUCAUUUUUCUCAGCAUUUUGGCACGGAUGAUGAAAGAAGAGACAGAGAACAGUGGCGUGCAUCCUUGGAAACAAAUUAAAGGACGAAUUUAUUCCAAGUUCCAUCGGAAAAGAAUGCAGGAGCUGACAGAAGUGGGACUGCAGAACUUUUUUAACCUGUUCCUUAUGCUAGCAAUUGUGGCAGAGACAGAAGAUGUAGUGAGUAGAGUGCUGGAUCUUCUGGAUUUCCUGACCCCAUCCUCUGUCACCAUGUCUCAGAGAGCUCUCAUUUGGAGAGGUCAUUUUGCUUUCCUUUUGAUAUAUGUUGAGAAGAAUAUGGACAUUAGUGUUCUAGCUGAGAAAGUCUCAAAUGCUUUCCGUGACAAAGCAAAGGAAUUUUUAGUAGCCAAAAAUGACUACACACAGAAACAAAAUCUCUGGACUCUACUUUCAACGUACAUUGAUGGUGUCCAAGAAGUGUUUGAGACUAGCUGCUACUUGGGCCUUUCUGAGGAAAAGUUACUAAAUGAUGGCUUUACUAUGCUGCUGCCUGCUUGUCGAGGAGCUGAACUGAGUAUGGUCCUGAAUUUUCUUCAGGUUGUUCUAGCCAGACUUAGGAGCGUGCACGAACGGGUAAGCCAGGGACUUCAACCAGGGAACGCAGACCCAAACGCACAACUUCCAUUAGUGGCUAAAGAGCACCACCUUGCUGUCGCCAGUGCUCUCUGGAGAAAUUUCUUUCCCUAUUUGAAGAGCCAAAGAAUGUCACAGAUGCCACCUUCCCCUCAGCUUGCUGAUACAGCUGCAGGUUUUACGCUCUUAGCUUUGGAUAUACCCAGCAAAGCCCUAUCAGAUCUUCAGCCACAACCUGUUCUAUCAAUGAUGCAGCUGUUUGGAUGGGAUGACAUGGUAUGGCCUCACCUGGUGUCAAGAUAUCUGAGUCAUCUAAUUCAAAACAGGGAGCUGUGUGAAGCUUUUUCUAAGAUGGGCUAUACAUCCUACGAAGCUCUGACAGUACGUUCUUGGUUUCGAUGUGUUUUCCAAAUGUUCAUAGAUCAACCGACUGGUAUGCUGGCCAAGACAGAUGCUGAGCGAACAGUUGGGAAAGCCUAUAAGGAACAGCUAACUGAAAUGACAAGACUGAUUUUUAAACUCUCAGAAGUAGAAAACAUUCUCUCAAAGGCUCAUGUUGAAGAAUCAGUUCCGAAGCAAGACCCUAAAAAUGCUCUUGUCCAAUUCAUUAAGGCUGUUGGUAGAACAUACAGUGGCCUUCAGACACUCCCUGAGAAAUCUGCUAUGAUACUAAAGUCUAUGGAGUAUUUAGGUGAUGUAUUAAAGUAUGUAAAACCUUACCUGAAGGCAAAAGGACCUCCAGAAGGUUUGCAGCUUACUUACUGGAUCAUAGGAUGUCUUGUAAAGAACUGGGCAGCAAUACUGGCCACUUCCAAAGCACAGCAACUCCUGUUCCGCAUCAUAGAUUGCUUGCUGCUGCCCCACUCUGUGCUCCAGCAGGACAAAGAGCUGCCUGCAGCUUUGCUGUCUGCCAUUCAGGAAAGCCUACCUCUUUAUCUUCAGGGCCUAUCCUUUAUAUGUUGCCAGACCCAAACUCAGGGGGCCUAUUUAAAUCAACUGCUUGGGAGCAUUAUUCAGCAUUAUUUUGGACGAUUUCUCCCUUCUUCACCAACUGCACUUGGAGUUGGACAGCAUCCUUUGCUGACUGCUUUAUGCAGCUCCAUUACAGUCCCCCAGAUGCUCCGUCUACGGAAGACCACUCUGCAUGUCAUAAAUGAGAACUAUCUGCAGUUCAAAGGCAGUGUUCCGCCUCCUCGCUUGGCCUCGGUUCUUGCUUUCAUUCUUGAAGUGCUUCAGCGAACGCAGACCACUGCACAGUGUGACGUCGGCUUGGUUCUCCCGGCUGUGUUGAAAUGCUUGGUGCUGGUUAAUGAGCUGCAAGUUAAAAAAAUAUCUACAGACAUUGUGCAGUGCAUGGUAGAAGGCUGCCAAGUGGGGUCAGGAGGAGAACAUGCCACCCAGCUGACUUCUGUAUUUAGGCAGUUUAUCCAGGACUACAUUGCAGUGUAUGAUCACCGGGUUUACAGCAUAUUAGAAGCAGUGGCAGUCUUGGAUCAGACGUUAGUUACCAGCCUGAUUCCCACAAUGACACAGGCUCUGAAGGAUUCAGAGCACAAACAAGGUCUUGGAAGAAAUGCUGCACAAAGAGAAGCCUAUAAAAGACUCUUAUCUUACCUCUCAGAGGCUGGACAAAAUGAGAUACAAAAACUGGAAAAUGAGACAGGUUAGCAGUAUUGAUGGUGAUUGAUCCUUUCCUCUGACAAUGUUGAUACCUAAAACUGCUCUGUACAAUACAGUAGCCUAGUUUUUAUCUUUACAACUGCAAUCCAUUUAUCUUUUUUUUUUUUCAAGCUAUGUAUUAAAUUUAAUGAUUUCUAUGGUAUUUGAAUAUUGUCAUGCAUCUGAAGAGUAACUGAAUAUACUGCUGAAUGGUGAUUAAGAGGUAUGGCAAAUUUAUUACAUGUCCAAAUGUCUACAUGAACAGAGCCUGUAUUGCAACAUACAAGGCAGGAUUUAAAAAAAAAAAUAAUAAAAUCAGAGUAAUUACACAGAACUCAAUUCACAUUGAGACCUGACCCUCUUAACACUGUCCUUUUGAAAACCUUCAGUAUAUUCUUAAGAAAAUUGUAGCUUUGUGACUUCUAAUUUAUUAUGUUAGGAGAAUGAGAAAAACUUAUCUGUAGUACUGAGCUUUUUGAAUGCAGUGCAUUCACCAGUAGUUGGGCCAGUAUGGUAUAUAUUAAGAAAGGUCUUGUAUAUAUGUUGCACAAAAUGUAUAUAGCUGUCUUAACCUUCCGCCUGUAUUAAAACAUUAAAGUUUUUCAGUUUCCAGUGCAAAA